CUGUCUGAGGAUGCGUCGGCUAGCCGUCAGCUGUCUGAGGAUGAGUCGGUCAGCCGAGAGGUGUGGGAGCAGGACUUGGGGCUGCGAGGGUUGAAGUUGGAGGCGCUGGUGGCGCGGCUGGUGGGAUCCGAUGGGCACAACUGGCUCAAGUACGGCCAGAAGCAAGUGCAGCGCUCCAACGCCACCAGGUGCUACUACAAGUGCAGUCGUGCCAAGACCAACCAGCGCUGUCCGGCCAAGAAGACCGUUGACAUCAACUGCCGCAACGGCUCCGACCCGCUCUCCCCCGACGCCAUCCAAGUCACCUACCACUGCCGCCUCCACAACCACCCCGCGCCUCCACCCAACCACCCUACCGUCCCCAUUAAAGGCCCUACCAAGCGUCCCACUUACCGCCGUACUUACCGGCCUCUCGACCGGCCCAUGAGCCACCAUAGCAACCUCGCGGCGUCACACGGUGGAGCUGGCAUCACUGCAGCGUCUAACGCUGCUCGCCUUGAUCAUCUUGCUGCGGCUCUCAAUUCCCCGGACGGUGGUUCCCAUGCAGCUCUCACUUCCCCGGACACUCGUUCCCAUGCAGCUCUCACUUCCCCGGACGCUCGUUCCCAUGCAGCUCUCACUUCCCCGGACACUCGUUCCCAUGCAGCUCUCACUUCCCCGGACACUCGUUCCCAUGCAGCUCUCACUUCCCCGGACAUUCGUUCCCAUGCAGCUCUCACUUCCCCGGACGCUCGUUCCCAUGCAGCUCUCACUUCCGCAGACGCUCGUUCAGAUAAAGCUCUGAACGUCCCGGGUUCCGAUUUUGGUGGGCCUCUGAAUGCCCUGGUGCCGGCCUUGCAGCAUGAGGGCAUGAUAGCUGCUACAGGCAGUUCUUUCAAUGAUGGUUGUGCUGCUGCUGCUGCUGCUGCUGCUGUCGAUGGUGGUACCGAUGCUGGUUCUGGUGCUGACGCUGAUGCUGGUGCUUCUGCUUAUCAUGGCAGUGGCAUUGGUGAUGCUGCUGCGGAUGCUGCUGCUGCUGCUGCUGAUGCUGUUUUUGACGCAGCAGCCCUCUGGCACUCUCCCUGCCAGAAGGAGCAGCCAUCCGAGAAAAAUCCCCUGCCUGCGUGGGACUUCUCCCCAGUGUCUUCCCUGUUGACCCGCCUCCAGCCAUCUCCUCGGGGGCUGGCUGGGCUUAUCCCCACUCAGCGAGAUGUGAUGGUGCUGCAGCAACAGCGGCAUCAGCAUCAGCAGCAGCAGCAGCAGCAGCAGCAGCAGCAGCAGCAGCAGCAGCAGCAGCAGCAGCAGCAGCAGCAGCAGCAGCAGCAGCAGCAGCAGCAGCAGCAGCAGCAGCAGCAGCAGCAGCAGCAGCAGCAGCAGCAGCAGCAGCAGCAGCAGCAGCAGCAGCAGCAGCAGCAGCAGCAGCAGCAGCAGCAGCAGCAGCAGCAGCAGCAGCAGCAGCAGCAGCAGCAGCAGCAGCAGCAGCAGCAGCAGCAGCCGAAGCGGCAGCAGCAGCAGCCGUCAAAGCAGACGGAUCAAGUGACAGCUUUGUUGCUGUCUCUGAUUGAUUCCUUCUUGCAGAGCAACACUGGUGUAAAGCGACCUUCCUCAGCCGCGCCCGGGAGUCUCCCUGCUUCUCUCCCAGCCGCUCUCCCUGCCGCUCUCCCUGCCACUCUCCCAGCUGCUCUCCCAGCCGCUCUCCCAGCCGCUCUCCCUGCCUCUCUCCCUGCCUCAAUCCCGGAAUCUUCCUCUGCUGCCCUGUCUGACUCAGGCGCGUGUAUAUCACAGCCCCUUACAGCCACCACCUUUGACCAGCUUGCAAUGUUCCCAACCACUUCCAAGUGCGCAAAGUUUGGCACAUUGCACCAGCAGCAAGCUAUGUUGAAGCCACUGAUCCCGGCAGCAGUGAUUGCGUUUCUAGGGGGUGACAGCACCAUCCGGGUUUCAGACUUUGCAGCCGUUGGCGUGCGGAAGGAGCUGCAGUCGUGGCUGGAGGGUGCGGCUUAG